UUGCGUCCAUCACGACCGUGUCGAUCUCACACCUCCCCCCCCCCCCACCACUCUCUCUUCUCUUUAACCGUUAUAACAACGGGAGAGGGGGUUACGCGAACAGCAUCAUUCUUUCGACAUGUCCUUCUGGUGCAGUAAGAAUGGACGACGAUGAGCUGGAGCGGUUUCUUCGUGAGCAGAAAGCCAAGAUUGCACGCGACCAGGCCCAGCUGGAAAGGGACUUGCCCUACAUGGAGAUGCAGGCACAACCAAAGCAACACACUCAUAUUCAGGACCAUGAAUCAGAAUCAAUGAAGGAGAACAUUCCACAAAGGGGAAGCAAUGACAAGCUGAAAUAUAAUGAUGACUCAUCCACCCUCGGGCUGCCACUGGGGGCCGAGUACGAGAAGAAGAAGCAGAAGCUGAAGGAGCAGCUUCGGCAGGAUUACCGCCGCUACAUGGCCGAGAAGAAUUUCCGCUCGAAGGGAGUCGUGGCAUUUGAGACUGAUACCACAUCUCCCAGCCAAGCCCUAGAGAAGGAGAGGCCGCGAACACACGUGAAGGAAACUUUGGCCGAGCUUCUUGAGGAGCGGGGCUAUGCCGACAGGAGACAUGAACAGCAGGAUGAGACCUCUUCGCGCAAGAAGGAUGCGGCGACAUCGAUGGAGGCGUACGAGGAGCUGCUCAAUGAGCACCGGAGGGGCAGGGUCGUCUCGUUCGAGGAUGGACUUGGGGAUCCCUGGACCGCCCGGCUUCGCCACAUGAGUGCCCGGCACCAGUCCGGUGCGGAACCGGUGGGAGAGCGGGAGGAACGGGAGGAGCGCACCAAGUCAGCCGGCACGCGACACGCGCCUAUGCACGCCCCCGCGCGUGCCCACGGCAUCCUGCCUGUCCACGAGGGUAGGUGCAGCGUUGACAAGCGGAGGAAGGAACGCUAUCGCCUGGACCUACUGGAGCAGAUGGCCGAGAGGGAGCAGAACAAGCGGCGGGAGAAGCAAUGGAACCUGGCCGUGCCAGUAUCGGGAGUAGUGGACCCUCAGAAGGAUCCGUUGCGAAUGCUGAAAAUGUUGGGCUCCGGUACGACUGAGCGGCCGCGCUUCCCCAUGCCGCCUCAAGACAUCCCGCCCCCGGACCGGCCCCGCCGCGCCUUCCACACGCCUCCUCCCCUGGACAACGAGAAUGACGCCGCUGCUCAUCGCCAUACCAACGGCCUCCAGGGGGCCCGCACUGCCGCCUUACCUGGGCCUGGCGGGCGGUUUUAUCCGGCAUCUUUCGCCACACCGUACGACCCAGCCUACUACUACUAUGCCGUGCAUAAUCCACUGGAGCCUGGCUUGCCACCCUUUGAACCUGGGCGCCUCGGUCAAGGUCAGCCGCCCCUGCCCUAUUACGGUCAAGUCAACGGCCCUCCUCUUGCGGCGAAUUUCACCAACCAGUGGGACGGGGGCGUUCACCCUCCGCAGGCGGCACUACCACCCCAGCAAAACAUGGGCUUGCCUCUCACGGGUACUUGGUCGCAGGCCGCGUUGGGCCAGGCUCAAUAUAACACAGUCCUAGGGCCGCCACCCGAGGUUGCGCAGCUCCCACGAGGCUUCCCGGGGCUGACGAUCGGCCUCGGUGGACUCGGGGAAACGAACAACAACACUGAGGGGAGGAGAGGCUCCUUCAACAAAUACCAGGAGGAUCUGCAAAGGCAGAUAAAGGAUACGGAGGAGAAGAAGCGCAGGGAGCGGAUGGAGCGAGACCGGCAGGAUGCGCGGCUGGAGGCGGAGGCCAACACAUACAACCCCUGGGGCAAGGGAGGCGGAGGGGCUCCCCUACGCGAUGACCACGGCAACCUUGUCACCGACCUCAAGCAGAUGCGGCGGCAGAACGAGGCUGCGGUGCACAACCCGCUAAAGUCGGCGCGCCGUGUGGCGCCGGACUCAAGAGGCACCCCCUCCUCCUUCGAUCCACAACUCUACAACCACGGCGACCACCGUCCCGGCACACCUGACGACGCAGCUGUGCACGGAGAUGGGAGUAGGCAGACACCGCGAGGGGGCACACUUUUGGACCCGUCGCUACCUCCGCAAGCCGCUGAGCAAGAGCGGUACAAGGACUUCCUUAGGCAGCAGAUCGAGGAGAAGCGGAAACGGGAAGCGGAGGAGCGUGAGAAGAUCCGAGAGGAGGAGGAGAGGGAGGAGCGACGUCUAACCGAACAGCGCGAACGAAUCCAGCGCGAGUACGAGGAGGAAGCCGAGAAGAAACGCAAGAAGGAGGAGGAGCAAAGGAUCAAGAACGAGGAGCUUGCUCGUGAGGCAGAGGAGCGCAAGAAAGAGGUGGAGCGCAAGCGGCGGGAGGACGAGGAGAAGAGGACCGAUGAGUACCGGCGGCAGUUUGAGCGAGAGAGGCAGGCUCGUCGUGAAGAGGUCGAGACGACAAGUUCUGCACAGAAUCCACAGGCCAGGCGACAACAAAGGAACGAGUCUGGUGCUACUGACCACCAGUCAACGCGUGGGGCAUCACCGCCCAUUCCAGCACUUGUGAAGAAGCAAGGUUUUCCUGGCACUCGGGAGGAGCAGGGAAAUGGCAUUCAGGUGCCAGAGGCCAGAUACGCGAGCCCGGGCGUGUCAUCUCGCAGAGCCGACAUGAGCCCUCGCUCUGAGCCGCCACUCAGCCGGGAGAGGCACCCAGCUGACCUGCACAGCCGGGCGACCACUACGGCAAACGACGGUGUGAGCACGGGACGAGGGUCUCCGCCGGUUCCUGCGAGACGCAAUCAGCUGCGUACAGAGGGAAUGGGCACGGACGUGCUGGGCGAACUCUCGCUCUUCCGGAAACAGCUGCAGAACGAGCAGCGCCGUCUGGAGAGUCAGCUGCGGCAGCAGGAGUCCAGCGAGGAGCACCGGGACGCACGGAGCAGACCGGGGGCCCAGAGGAGUGCGCACAGCAGGGCAGCGUCUCGCGAUGUGUUUGAGCUGGCGAGGAUGCGCGUCCAGGCCCCAGUGCGUCGACCUAGCUCCAAGGGCGUCCCUCAACAUGGGCCGCACGCUGGCCACCAUCCCCCACCACCCACCCUCAACUACCCAGAUGAUGAGCUGCUGGACAUCCAGCGAUCGGCACUCGUUCGGGACCAAAGGAGACGACACGACGCAAUGCAUCGCCCGGACCCCGGCUCUUUUGAGAACCAAGUUCUUGGAAUGAAAACAAGAGACCUGGGUUUGCAUUUGCCGCCAGAAGAUGAGGGAGCGAGAGCUUCCAGGUCUUCAAUGCUGCAAUCGGACAGCGCGUUCAUCGGUGCAUUUGGGGAGGUCUUCCCAACGGAUGCAAAGGGAUAUCAAGCUCCCACUGCAGGCCAGGAUGGAGCUUGGGAUUGGGAACCGGAGUCCAGAGACAUCGGAGUUUCCCCUCGCGAGAGGCGACGGCAAAGACACAGAGCCCCCCUGGAGCAGCGCCAGAUGGACAUGUACGAGCCCCGGCGACCGCCUGCAAGCCCUUCCCUCCUGUCGGAGUCGAGCAUCAACGUUGAGCGUCUGCGAGCACGCAACGCGGAGAGGAUGCGACGCCUCCAACAGAUGGUGACGCCAGGCGACGACGUUUCUCUGGGCGACCCAGACGACAUCCUGGCCCGUUUCGUGUCGCCGAGCCGCCCGUACUCCGCCGUCACCACGGCGACAGACGUUUGGCUGCGGCCCGGCUCGUGCGAUUCGCCGGGAGCAUUCACCGAGCGAUCCAACGGGGAGUGACCUUACGCCGCCACCGCUGCCCCGAGGACAUGGCGUGGACGGAUGGCAGGGACAGCUUGCCCGUUCAACCAUGAGUGAGCUGACACGAGCGUUUUAAUAGCACCGCAUCCCAUGUACUGGGGACAGAGUUGGGACAUGGUGUGAAGUUAAAAUCUUAUUCCAGGUGUUCACUGCAGUCCGUCCAUACGUUCCAUGGUUCGAUGGUCCUAUAAUUUAUUUUUGCAUCCAUUUCUACCGAGUUUACAAAGAUGCACUAGGUUAAAACUUUAUUUGCCAAACAGUCCAUUACAAGAUAUGUAACAACACAUACACUCCUUGGUUGAAAUUGAUUCAUAUGCUCACUAUACACAAUUGACAGCCUAUUUUAUCAUCCUACUGCUGGAUGCAGGCGUCCACUGGCUGUGUGGUUUUGGGGAUUGUUUGACUAUACUGGUCAGUGUGAAUUGGUGAAUUGUGAUUGGCUACCGAUGUUAUCCAUGGCCAGGAAUACAACUCAUGCCGUCGCCAGGAUCGUAGUAUCCUCUCCAAAAGCUAACACUGCACAAUGUGAAAUAUUAAAUUAUACCACGUCACAUUCCAUUGCCAGCCGGCUUUCUGCAUGGAUUUCCAUUGUCAUGCUUACACCCAAUCAGAAAUCUUAAUACCUUUUAACUGUAUUCUCCAGAUUAUCAAAUUGACUUUUUUCCCCUUGUUUUUAUGGAAAAAGUUGAGGGGUACGUCUUAUAAUCUGGUAGUUGUGGAGAAUAUGGUAAUGAAAUGUCUCAUUUUUUAUUCACCCGUCAUUAUCUCACCUUGUUGGCACAGGAAAUUCACCUCAGCAGGCAGGCCUAGUAAAGGGGCUGGCUAAGCCUCUGACUAACAACAUGUACAAUAAAAGUAACGAUUUUGUAGACAUAUAAUAUUAAUUUAACGAAAUAUGGGGAUGAUAACGAAGGUGCGUGUGUGUGUGUGUGCUAUCAAUUUUCCAAACAUAGAUUAGUCAAUCUUAACAAAUUGUCAUCCGUAACAAAUUGGCCGCAUUUGAUUGAGCGUCUUUGUGAUGACCACAAAACUCCGUCUAGCCAAUCGUAAGGCAAUACAUUUCAAACUGAGUGCGAAGAAAAUUGCUUUGAGUUGCACAACACUGCAACUUAACUCCGUGUUGCAUCUCAUCUUAAACGGAGAAAAUCGGUUAUAUCUUCUUGGUUCUUUCGGUAAAGUCACGUAGAAGGGAAGU